AAACUUCAAAAAAGGUCGAUUUGUCUUGUAAAAACACGGGAAUUUGAACCAUAUGCACAAAGUAAAAAAGGAGUAGAUCGGCAUCACCUGCCAAACAGGCGAACGGACCGGAAAAAUCAUUGAACGCACGCCACCGUUAGAGACACAAGGGUUUCGACGGAUCCAGAGCACUCUCCUGAAGUGUGCAAUCUGUGAAAAAGACCUCCUCCAUUGUUGCCUGGUAGCCAAAGAACUUUAUAGAGGUGUAAAACAUUCGACUGUAAGAUGCGGACAACGCAAGUGCAACGGUUCUACGCGGGGAAAACGGUCCUGGUGACGGGCGGCACCGGCUUCCUGGGUAACUACCUCAUCGAGAAGCUGUUAAGAUCGUGCGCGGACAUCAAGAAGAUUUAUCUGCUGAUCCGCGCAAAGAAAGGGAAAACUCCCGAGGAACGUUUAACGGGUUUCCUGAACAAUUCGGUUCACAAAAGAUUGAAGCAAGAAAAUCCGCGCGUGUUGGAGAAGUUGGACGUCGUGACCGGCGACCUGGAACUGCCCAAGCUCGGUUUGGGGGAUCGGGAUUGGGCGACGAUCGUCGAGGAGGUGAAUUGCGUUUUUCACGUCGGCGCCACGGUGAAGUUCACCGAAGAGCUGAGACGCGCCAUUUUGAUUAACGUCGGAGGCACCGACAGCGUCGUCGAGUUGGCUAAAACAAUGAAACAUCUUCAGAGUUUUGUCCACGUGUCAACCGCAUUCUCGCAGUGUCUUCGCGAAGUAACCGAAGAGACCUUCUACCCAACCGACGAAGACGGGGAGCGGUUGCUGGAGAUGGCUCGCUCGCUCGAUCGCGAAACUAUGAACGAUCUGUCCGAGGCAAUUUUAGAUAAGUGGCCCAAUUCGUACGUUUUCACCAAGCACAUUGCCGAAGACUUGAUAAAGAGGAAAGCGGACUGCCUACCGAUAGCAGUAGUUCGUCCAUCGAUAGUGAUGUCACCGUACGACGUUCCGGUUACGUGCUGGGCUUCGACCUUCGAUCCCAACUCUCUGCUGAUGGGCGCGAUCAAUAUGGGACUUUCGCACAGUCUGCGCUGCGACCCGAAGCAUGUCGUGGAGUUCAUUCCGGUCGACUUGGUCGUAAACCACGCGAUUGUCAUCGGGUGGUCCGUAGGGAUCAGGGGAGCUCAGGGACCGAUACCGAUAUAUAAUUGCGUCAGCGGCCAACAAAAUCCGAUCACUUGGGGUCUCCAGGACGAGCACCGACAGAAGAGCGAAUGGGUUCUGCCUUCGAGCAAAAAGAUUUUCCACAGUUUCAUGGUGUACACCACCAACAGGUUUGUACUGCAGUUGGUCGACUUGGUUUACCUCCCCCUUAUCCACGUGAUCAACUCCAUCAGCUUACUUCGCGGGGAAACACACAUAAUCUUAAUAAUGUACAGGAAGAUGAAGGAGUUUAGCAAGGUUGUCGAAUUUGUAACUUGUCGCCAGUGGAAUUUCAAAGAUGAUAACACGCGAGCACUUUGGAACUCUUUGGACGAAGAUGAUCGCUGUUUAUUCAAUUUCGACGUAAAAUCCAUCGAUUGGAUUGUAUUCUCAGUGCAAGCCGUCGCCGGUGCACGAAUCAACGUGCUGCAAGACGAUCUAUCGAGCUUAAGCAAAGCCAAACGGAAAUCCCACCUACUGAAAGUAUUUCAUUAUUUACUGCUUGUAAUUUAUUUGUCGUUGUUCGUGUUUAUUCUGUACAAAUCGUUUUAUGUAUGCAAGUCUAUUUUAAGUAAAUAAAAAAUAGUAAUGAACGAACACGGAGGCCCCGAACGAGGGACAACUUACCCAUUCCAGGGGUUGAGAUCUGCUAAUAAAAAUUCUGUGGUUCUGAA